AUGUUAGUGUCAUCUUCAGGAUACAUUUCCCCACAUGAAAUUGCCGGCGUUCGUUAUGGCAAGUGCAAAUGGUUCAAUGUGGCCAAGGGAUGGGGUUUUCUGACACCCAACGAUGGAGGCCAUGAGGUGUUCGUACAUCAGAGCAUAAUACAAAUGUCCGGCUUCCGUUCACUGGGUGAGCAGGAAGAAGUCGAAUUCGAGUGUCAUUUAACCGAAAGGGGUCUUGAGGCCACCAGGGUCUCUGGACCGCGCAGCAAGAAACGUCAUCGACGUGUACGCUGCUACAACUGCGGCGAAUUUGCCAAUCAUAUUGCCUCGAAGUGUCAUCUAGGACCCCAGCCCAAACGUUGUCAUCUAUGCAAGCAGGAUGAUCAUCUGUUUGCCAAUUGUCCAACUAAGAAGAAUCAAAAUGUGGAUCAAUCCAGUGCUAAUCCUGAUGAAGAAAAUUCCGGCGCUGGUGGUGGCAAUGAAGAAGAAAAUGUGGCCAAGGAUCAGAGUUAA